AUGCCUUAUAGAGAUAAUGAAAGGCGCACUGUUAAAGUUAAAUUUUAUAAAAAUGGGGAUCAAUACUUUCAAGGACUACCAAUGAAUAUUUCAAUCAAUCGAUAUCGUAGUAUGGAGGCAUUACUCAAUGAAUUAACACGCUCUAUUUCCUUACCUCGCGGUGUUCGCUAUGUGAUGACGCCCGAUAAUGGCAAGAAAAUACAAAGCGUCCAUGAAUUACAAGACGGCAAAGCUUACAUCUGUUCCAGUUUCAAUUCGUUAAGUAAAAUAGAAUAUGGUAAAGCUGCUCGACCUGCCUGGCGUCCAAAUACUAAACUAGCACCAUUAGAAAUUAUGGAAGAAGUUCGUAAUUUGCCUGGAAAUAAUGGCUCUAUUUCUCAUGGUGCAUCUAGUUUUGGUAAUAAAAAACCAAUUUUAAAACCAAUAGGCCAGGAAAAAAACAAUCCUCAAUCUCAUCAACCUGUAAAAACCGAUGAUUCAACUAAAAGAGCCUCAAGAAAUCGAGUAGCAGAUACCGCUGACAUAUCAAGAGUUUCCAAUGCCAACGAUUUAACUAAAUCCUCAAAUAACAAAUUAGCUGAUACUACACAGAAAUCAAGAGCUUCAAGUGAUACACUUUCUGAAAAAAUGCCAUUAACAAAUCAAAAUAUUGAGAAGGAUACUUAUGAAAACGAAAAGGAUAUUGAUGAAAGUGAGAAGAAUGAAGAUCAAGUUGACAAACAAGCAUCAAACGACGAUAUCUUUAGUCCCGUCAAGGAUACGGUUACAGAUGGCGAUGUUGAUACACACUCUGAAAAAAUGCCAUUAACAAAUCAAAAUAUUGAGAAGGAUAUUGAUGAAAACGAAAAGGAUUUUAACGAAAGCGAAAAGGAUAUUGAUGAAAAUCCUGCUACGCCUGUAAAACUGGGGGAUACGUUUAUAAAUAAAGUCAAUAAUGAAAAUAUUAAUAAAUCUGCUGGUAGAAAUACCCCUGAAAAUAAUGAACCUUUACCUAAUCGAGAGGGAACUUAUGAAGAUUAUUAUGUCAAAGGGAAUAUAAUUGGGGAUGGUAAUUUUGCUGAAGUGUUUCACUGCGUUGAGCAAGAUACAUUGGUAGAAUAUGCCUUGAAAUUAGUCCAUAAAAGCAAAAUCAAAGGCAAGGAAAGCAUGAUCCAAGAUGAGAUUAACAUCAUGAAAAAAUGUCGUCAUAAAAAUAUUAUACGAUUGAUUGAAGUAUUCGACACUCAGAUAGAGAUCCAAUUAGUUAUGGAACUAGUAAAAGGUGGUGAUUUAUUCGAUCUUAUCUCCGAUGUUUCAAAAUUUACCGAAUUUGAAGCUAGUGGAUUAAUUGGAGAUUUGGCGGCUGCUCUGCAGUACCUCCAUAAACGAAGCAUUAUUCAUCGCGAUCUAAAACCAGAAAAUUUAUUAAUUACACAAAACUUUGACGAUACUUUUACGUUAAAACUUGGUGAUUUUGGUCUAGCAGUUGUGGUAACUGAGCCGCUAUUUCAAAUUUGUGGUACACCAACAUAUUUAGCUCCUGAAGUUCUUGCUGAAACUGGGUAUGGUCUUCCAGCAGAUAUGUGGGCAACUGGUGUUAUCAACUACAUUGUACUAUGCGGUUUUCCACCAUUUCGUAGUAAAGAUCGUAAUCAAAAUGAACUAUUUAAUAUCAUUAAGAAAGGCGAAUUCGAGUAUCUAUCACCAUAUUGGGAUGAUAUAUCCGAUACCGCUACCGACUUGGUUGAUAACCUUUUGAUGGUUAAUCCAGUUGAUCGUUAUACCGCCGAGCAAGUACUAAAACAUCCAUGGAUUGUAAAUAGAGCUGGAUCGAUAUCAGACGUUGAUCUUAAGGACAACAUAACCAAUAAUAUUCGAGAGAAUUUCGAUCCUAAGAAAUCAUUUAAAGCUGCUGCUCUAGCUGUUCGAACGGCAAAAUUACUUGAUCAAACUGUAGAGUCGCGUGCAGAAUCAAGACAAGACAACGAUGAUGACAUAUUUGGCGGAGAUGACGAAGAUUUUGGAUUAUAG